AUGCAAAAGAAUUCAAGUUGUGCAGAUAAACCAGCUUGCUUUUUGCAGCCAGAUACUGGACCAUGUUAUGGGGCAUUUACCCGAUAUUAUUUUAAUCCUUGUACAGGUCAGUGUGAACUAUUUAGUUAUGGAGGAUGUGGAGGAAAUGCAAAUAAUUUCAAAACAUUAGAAGAUUGUCAAAAAGAAUAUAAAUGCAUUUGUUUUUUGAAGCCGGAUACUGGACCAUGCGAUGGAGCGUUCACUCGAUAUUAUUUUAAUUCUUGUACAUGUCAAUGCGAACGAUUUAGUUAUGGAGGAUGCGGAGAUAAAUCGAUUUGUUUUUUGAAACCAGAUACUGGACCAUGUAAAGCAUUAUUCUUUCGAUAUUAUUUUAAUCCUUGUACAUGUCAAUGUGAAUCAUUUUAUUAUGGUGGAUGCGAGGGUAACGCAAAUAAUUUCCAAACAUUAGAUGAAUGUCAAAAUAAAUGCAUGAAAUAA